UCAUUGUGUAGUACUAGAAGGUCGCACAUAGUCGCAUUUAAUGUUAUAUUGAUUUUAUAGUUAUUUAUAAUUAAUUUAUUGAAACAUUUGUUAUAUAGAAAUAAUAGAUUUUAUUUAUUAUCACUAGAAGAAUAUUAUUAAUAAACAAUGUCUUCCCCGUGGUUAAAGAUUCAACCAGUAGAAGGUCCGAUUAGUUUCGAUGAAAUAACUUCUGAGGAAUUGGCCAAAAGUUUACAAAAAAAAGAAUUCGAAAAACUUGGGACAACAAUAGAGGACAAGAAAGAAGUGCAAGAACAAUCGGAGUUGUACGAAAUCGAUGGCACAGAUAGUGAUGAAGUUAUAGCACACAUGCUGCAAGCUCAGUAUAAUUCCGAGCACGAUUUACAAUUAAAACGAACUGAAAAUAAAUUCAAUCGUAAUUCAAAAGUAAAUAUUUUAUACUCAAACUAUCGAGUUGGACCAACUGAACCAGAAGUUGCAAAACCAACAGUUGACGACAACAGAGAUAUCGAUCAUUUUGUUGAAAUUGAAAAAGAAUACGCUAGCUUGCAACGUUGCGGUUUCAAGAAGAUAAUUAAUGACGAUGAACAGUCACAAAUUGUUACGAAGCACGACAUUCUUAUGUCAUCAAGAAUGAAUGCGUGUCGUGUACUUGAAUUCCCGCCAGGAAUUGAAACUGGCGAUACAGGAGGAUUUGACGUGAAAUUGGGAAACAGAGUCUUCAAUGAUUUACGUGCACACAGUCAUGCUCAUUGUUCAAGGCAAAAGAGCAAAGCGAGACAUCAAGCGAAACCCGCUAAACCUAAGAAAAAUCCUUAAACUUCAUUGACUUUUCUCGAAAUAUACAAUAUAUUUUUGUAAAAGUUAUAAUUUUCCAUUUAUAAAAAGAAAAAGAAAACUGUUGGUUAUUAAAAGUCAACGUUAAUUUAAUUUCUCUCUGCCAAUAAUAGUAUGCAUACAAUAAAAAUUAUUAAACAAUAAUGUUACUUAAAACGAAAUGUACAAACUUAGAAAAGAAAAUUUCGUUUUUCUACAAAAAAAAGAAAAAUAAUUGUAUAAUGGAAAAAGUAAUAAAGUAUUUAUAUUAAAA